UGCUGAGGGCAUGAGUGAUCAGGAGAGGGAGACAGAGGAGGAUGAGGGAGGAGACCCUUCAGACACAGCACCCAUGCUGCCCCGGAGGCUUCCUGAUCGCCAGGCUUCAGACCUGAUGUCCCCAGGGUGGGCAAGCCUGGCUGCCCAAGGCCUGGGGACUCUGCUGCUCCCAGGAUGGGCCCUGGCCCGGCUCCUGCUCCACCUGCUGCUGCCUGCAGCCGUGUUCCUGCUGGUGCUGCUGCCUGCAGCUGCCGUCGUGUACCUGGGAUUCCUGUGUCACUCGAGGGUCCACCCGGCGCCCGGCCCCGCGUGCCGGGCGCUGCUGUCCGACCGCGGCUCCGCGGCGCUCAUCGUGUUGGGCUUCCUCUCGCUGCCUCCGCUGCUGGUGCUCGCUUCGGCCGCUCGCGCCCGCCUGGCUCGACGCCUCCACUCGCUGCUGCCGCCCCCCACUUGGAGCCCCGGACCCCGCCGCCAGCCCGACGGGGAGAAGCAGCUCUGCGCCUGGGUGUGACCCCACACGCCCCCUCAAAUCCCGGAGGCCCCCGAACUACCCUGUGUCCC